GCCAACUGGCGCUUACAACAACGGACGCGUAUAWUUCAAUUUCACUGAAACAAAUUAGGACGCGCAAACUAAUUUCAUAUACAAAAUGGAUUUAUUUUUUGUAAUAUUUUCCACGCUUUUUUUGUUAAUCAUCAGCUAUCUACGCCAUAAAUAUCAAUAUUGGGAGCUACGUGAUGUGCCUCAGCUGAAAAUGAAUUUUCUUUAUGGAAACUUCUUCCGCAUAAAAACCAUACAUAAAACAGAAAUCUUCCACGAAGUCUAUCAAAAGUUUCGUGGCACAACAAAGAUUGUCGGUACAUAUAUUUACACCAAACCAAUUGCGAUUGUACUCGAUCUAGAACUGAUUAAAUCGAUAUUAAUAAAGGAUUUCAAUAAAUUCACCGAUCGCGUAGAACGCGGCCAUAACCAGACGAACUCAUUAAACAACAAUGUUUUUUCACUGCCCGGUGAAAAAUGGCGUCCACUACGCAUAAAGCUUUCACCGACUUUCACAUCGGCGAAAAUGAAGUUUAUGUUUCCCACGCUAUUGACGGUGGCGCAACAAUUGGAAGACUCUUUCAGCGAACAGCUGUCCAAAACAACGAGUGGUGUUAUUGAAUUACACGAUUUAAUGGGUCGCUAUACAACCGAUGUGAUUGGUUAUUGUGUCUUCGGCAUUGAAUGCAAUAGUUUGAAGGAACCGAAUGUUGACUUUCGUCGCAUAGGACACACAAUUUUUUAUCGGCAAUAUUACUCCAUACGUUGGCGCACAUUCAUGCUCACUUAUCCGAUUAUGUUUAAAAUACUACAGUUCUUCAAGGUCAAACGUAUACCCAACAAUGUCGAAGACUUCAUAUAUCAUUUGGUGCGUGAUACAGUACGUUAUCGUGAAGAGCACAAGGCGGAGUGUAAAGAUUUAAUGAAUCUAUUAAUUGAAUUGAAAAAUACAAAGGACUCGGAAGGUGUGCCUCUAAUGAGUAUUGACGAGCUGGCAGCGCAGGUGUUCAUAUUCUUUGCUGCCGGCUUUGAGACCAGUUCCAGUAAUAUGACUUAUGGGCUAUUUGAGUUGGCAAAGAAAAUUAAAACAGUGCUGAAUAAACACAAUGGCGAGUUGACAUAUGAAGCUAUGAAAGAGAUGACCUAUUUGGAUCAGGUUAUAACUGAAACUCUCCGUAAAUAUCCAGCACUCGGUGCCAUUACUCGUGUCUCUGUUGACGCAUACAAAGUACCCGAUACUAACAUUACACUCGAAAAGGGCACAAACAUCUUUAUACCCGCCAAAGAGAUACAUUAUGAUCCGGAUAUCUAUGACAAUCCAAAUGAGUUCCGCCCGGAGCGUUUCGAUCCGGCGGAAAUGGAAAAGCGUCAUCCGCAAGCAUUUCUCGGUUUCGGUGACGGACCACGUAAUUGUAUUGGUCUCCGUUUUGGACGUAUGCAGGUGCGCGUUGGCUUGAUAACUGUGCUCAAAUCUUAUCGCUUCAGCUUAUCAGAAAAGACACCAACAAAAUUGGAGAUUUCUAAAGAUCAUAUCGUGCUCGUGCCUUGUAGCAAAGUGUGGUUGAAGGCAGAAAAAAUAUAAAGCUAGCCGAAUGUAUUUAGUAAUAGUAUAUUUUACUUUUAUGUUUGUGGAUUUGUAUAAUUCCUUUUAAGUAGUUUUCGACUCAGAGAUUUGAGAUUUAUCAGUGCAUAUUGCUUGGCGAAUAUAAGAAGUAUUUUUCGGGGAUAUCAUUUGAUUUCACUUCAGCUUGAAGUACUCGAUAAAUGAUCUGUGCAAUAUGUAUCUCUACUUGAAAUUGUUAAAUACACAUAUAGGUCUGUAGGUAUAUACUUAGUCCUGUCAUAAGUCAUAAGUUGCAAGUUAAAAGCGUUAUAAAGAUGUAACUAUAAUAAAUUUUUAAUACCGUUA